GUUUCUUGCAGCACAGUGUUACACUUACUGUAAGAAUGGCUAAGGAAGAACUAACAAAGACUGUGUUUACACCGGAUAAUGUUGCAAACUCUGAGCAACUCUCUGGCAUCAAACUUUCUCCCGAUGCUAAACAACUUCUGUAUCAUGUGAAGCCAGCGUACAAGACUAGUGAACACGACACUUGUUCCAUCUGGUUAGGCGAUGUAGGCUCUGCAGACAGCGCAAGACAAUUCACUUCGGGAAUCUUCAAUGACCACUCUGCUCGAUUCCAUCCGGAUGGCAAAAGGAUCAUCUUCCUAUCUGACCGACACAAAGCUGGUGGUCCGGCGCAAAUCUACUCGAUAAGCCUAAGUGGAGGCGAGGCGUCUCCACUCUUUGGCAAGGAUAAUAAAUGUGCAGUGUCCGAAUUCGAGAUAUCGUCUGACGGGAAGUACAUCGCAUUUCUAAGUGCAGAUGAACCGACUCCCGAAGAUGAACGCCGGGAGAAAGAGAAGGACGACCCCCAGGUUUUUUCAGAUAAACGGAAGUUCAACCAUCUUAGGCUGUACAAUUUUGCCACCAGAGAUGUACGAGGACUCAAAGCAACGAACGGGAAUCAUGUCUUUCAGCUUGUAUGGGCGCCUGACAGCAAGUCCAUCUUUUUCCUCACGAGGGCCCAUUCUGCUCUGGAAUUCAGCUCAGAGAAGACAGAUCUCCAACGAAUAUCUGUUGUGGUGGAUACUCAGCCAGAAGUCAUAGGCAGCUAUCCACAUUCACCAUAUGGCUUAUGUGCUUUACACGACGGGCGGAUAAUCGACAUACAGACUCAUGAUCUCAUGCGCUUGUCUGACUCAAAAUCAGUGUACAUCCGUAAUGUACAAAACUUCAAUGAGUCGAAGCGACUAUAUGGAGAAACUAAUUGCGCAGUACGCAUUGUGGAUUUGAGGAGCGAUGGACUUAUCGCUGUAGAAAUUGCCGAGGGUCUGGAUAUUGUCAUACUGAGCUUCGAUACGAUGGCCCAUAAUGGAAGCACCGUUUAUUCAACAAAGGAUGAAGAUAUCGAGAGAGGCUCGUGGGACGCACGGAAGCAGGAAGAUGGGGCUUUCAUUCUCGCAGUGAUCAAGAGUUCGGCAGUCCGCCAAGAGCCUCCUAAUGUUUGGACGGGGACUAGGAGUAGUAGCGACGGUCUCGUCAAACUCGAUACAAAGAUAUCUUCGCAUCUGAAAUGGACGACAGAAGUGCCAAUCAUGCAUACCGAGCCAUUUUUCUGGGAUGCAAAAGAUGGGACGAAGCUCGAUGGCGUUAUCAUGUUUCCACCCUCCAAUAAGCAGCCGAAUCCUCCGAGAGCACUUCCUACAAUCAUGCUUGUUCAUGGAGGUCCAUAUUGGCGUAGCACUCUAGGAUAUGUACCAACGUUUUAUAACUGGCAGUUCCUUCUAGCUGCGCAAGGUUUCCUGGUCAUCUUACCGAACUACAGAGGAGGUCAGGGACAUGGUUUUGAAUUCGCUCGAGCUGCACAUGGUGGUAUGGGCACACUUGACUGGAGUGACUGUGAAAGUAUGCUCGAUGCCGCGAUUGAACGCGGGCUCGCGGAUCCCAAUCGUCUGGGGAUUGGGGGAUGGAGUCAAGGCGGCUUCAUGACAGCCUGGGGUGUCGCGACAACGAAAAAUCGAUUCAAGGCAGGCGUCAUGGGCGCAGGGGUAAGUGACUGGGGCGCACUAAUGGCUUCGUCCGACUUGCCAGGCUUUGAGGCCGACCUUGGAGGAUGCGCGCCGUGGGAUACGGCAGAUCCUAACCAACGCAUCGAUUUACGUGGAAACCCUAUCGGGCGAGUCGCAGGCGUCGAGACUGCUGUUCUCAUUCUCCACGGAGAGAAAGACGAACGGGUACCAGUGACGCAAGGAAUCGAGUUCUUCCGCGGUUUGCGUCGAAAGGCGAAAUAUCCUGACCGCGCCCAGCUUGUUAUCUAUCCUCGUGAGCCACACAGUUUCGUAGAGAAGAACCAUGCAAAGGACGUGAUGAAGCGCGUCAUUGAGCAUUUCGGUGACUGGCUCUGAGUUGAUCGACAGACCGAAUGAAGGUAAUAUUCUGAGAAGGUAAUUAGAAGUUCAAUGAAGCUGUACAAUUCGGUCCUGCAAAGAAAUGAACGAAUGGCAUUCUGUACCAAGUUCCCG